AUGGAUGCAAACUUCGGCACUAUGCCGCCACCACCACCAGGUGAGGAACAAUCUGAACCCAAUGUAAAACAAUGUCACAUGGAAAUAGGCGAUGACGGUGACAAAUAUUGGACACCUGCAACCCAAAAACAGACGACACCAUAUGAAGGACAACGAUUCGAAACAAUAGAGGCCGAGAUUGAUUUCUACGAAACAUAUGCAAUGGAGGCAGGAUUUGAUGUUAGGCAUGGCACAAAGCGUAGAAAUCGCUUUGGGGAAGUGUAUAUUAAAUACAUGUUGUGUUCACGGGAGGGAUACAAGGCCAAAAGGAAGGAACCCAACAACACCACAAAAGAACGAAACAAACGGCGAAGAGUGUCCAACAGAAUAGGUUGUAUGGCGCGUAUGGUAAUCACAAAGUGUGACACUGGCGGAUACAAAGUCCAUGCAGUCCAGCUGCGACAUAAACACUGCCUAUGCUCGGAGGACAACAGACCUUUUUUAAAGAUAAAUAGGCAACUUGACAUCGGCCACAAAACAUUUUUGGCAAACUGUGCGAAGGCAAACAUAGGCCCGACAAAAGCUUUCAGACUGUUCAAAGAGAUGGUGGGAAGUUUUACUGAUAUCGGAGCAACCUGCAUUGACUUCUGCAAUUUUAGGCGAGACCUAUUAGCCUAUAUUGCUGAGGCAGACGCACAAAUGGUGAUAGAAGACUUGUUCAAAAGAAAAGAGGCAAACCCGGACUUCUAUUUCGAUUUCGACAUAGACGAAGAAGCUCAAUUAUCUAGGAUAUUCUGGGCAGACGCAGAAUCUCGGCGGAAUUUUGCAUGCUUCGGCGAUGUCAUGUCAUUCGACGCAACUUACAGCACAAACAGGUACAAGUUAGUCUUCGUCCCUUUCACGGGGGUGGAUAACCACAAAAGGUGCAUAACAUUCGGGGCAGGACUGAUUGCGAAAGAAGAUGUAGAGUCGUAUGAGUGGCUACUAAAAAGGUUCAAAACAGCAAUGGAAUACACCCCAAGAUGUACUAUAACUGACCAGGAUCCAGCACUAAAAAUAGCAGUACCACAAACUAUGCCAACAACACGGCACAGAUUCUGUAUGUGGCACAUUAUGACAAAAGUUGGUGAAAAGGUAGGAGUUACCUUGUGGCAUAACGACAACUUCAAGAAGGAACUGAAUAGUAUCGUAUGGGAUGACACGCUGCCCGUAGAUGAAUUCGAGAGAAAAUGGAAGACACUAAUGAAAGACUUCAAUCUUGAAGAACAUAGGUGGUUUGCCCAACUGUAUGAGGCGCGUGCAUCAUGGAUACCUGCGUACUUCACAGACAUACCCAUGGGAGGAUUGUUGAGGACAACAUCAAGGUCAGAAUCAGAAAACAGCUAUUUCGGAAAACAGCUAUCCCAUGCUAGAAGGAAUAUGCGCACAUAA